GCCAAAGCAAGUAUGAUAUGAUACGAUAUACUCUCCGGAAACCUGGCCCUCCCUUCUCCUAAUAAACCACAUUAUUCGGGAGGUCUCUUCAACAUCCACAAACCGAAUCGAUCCUGCAGCGAAUCUCAUGAAGGAAGGAUCCUCAGACUCCUCCUUCACGAACCCAUCCCCCGGCCAUCAGAAACGCGCUAAAACAGGAGAAUCACGCUCGCUUUACCCAGCUCCCCAUAGCAGUACUCGUACUAUGACUUAUGCCAUGACAAAAUAUCAUACAAACCUCGGCACAGUAAGAGUACUGUACAAGUACAGUAAUUACAGUACAAAAAACGCUAUACCAAUCGAACCAUGUACGAGUAAUACCAUAUCGCUCCAAUCUCCUUCCCCUCCUCAAUCACGUACGAUACCGAUAAAACAAAAGCUUCCUCACGGCACCCCCCGCUGGAAUGAUUACGCCACGAUAAUUGCACUUCUCGCGUGGCGCACAAAUCUACGCGGACCAUCCAACCAACAAUGGGGUGGGCUUUUUUCGGCUUACAUGAUGCGUACCGUAUCACACGCAGAUACGGUAGCUGACUUAUAA